ACAAAAUAUUGACUGGAUUUAGCAGGGGUACAGCAACAACAAAAACAAAGCUGCCCAACAUUUUGAGAGUCUUAAGCGGAAACGUCGGUCAGGAGUGCCAGUACUUUCCUUUGGUGUGAUUGUAGCAGCUUAACAUAAACAGAACCAUUCUGUGCCUGAAUGAUGAACAGUGCAACAUGGAUAACUUUUUAGCUGUUGUUGACGAUGAUGAUGAUGUCACUACCCAGUAUGCUGCUGAGCAAAGUAUGCGAGAUUAUUACAGGCAAAGAAACACCGUAACGGAAGUUCAUCAGAAGUCUGUCAGGAGAAUCCUGUCCCCAGAACAUGAUGACAUUGUGACAGCAAUACGAUCAGGUCAAGAGGAAAGUCUGCAGAAGCUCACUGACAAAACGUUUGCCUUUAAUGAAGCAGAUCAAAGAGGCUGGCUACCCCUGCACGAAGCUGCAGUUCAGCUGAACAAGAAUAUUCUAGAACUAACUUUUGAAGCUUCUAACCCCACUGUACGGGAGCAGACCACGCUAAAAGGUGAAACCCCACUCUUUUUAGCUAUAAGUCAUGGUUUGGUUGAAAACUCCAACUUUCUGCUUCUCAAUGGCUGUAACGCUAAUGCCGCAGACUGGGAAGGAGAUUCUCCUUUAGUUAUAGCUGUCAGAAACAACUUUCCUGACGUUGCCACACUUCUUCUUCGGUAUGGUGCACAUGUGAAUAUGCCAUGUGUCAACAAGAGAACAGCACUGCAUGAAGCAGCUAAGGUUGGACGGAAACAUAUGGUGACUCUUUUGUUACAUUAUGGAGCAGAGAUUGAUGCCAGAAGUUCAUACCGGAUCACGCCCUUGGCUCUGGCAGCACAGUCUGGCCAUGCAGAUAUCAUGGAACUCCUUCUUCAGAAAGGAGCUGAUGCAAAAUCCCAGGCUGCAGAUGGUGCUUCUGUGAUGUUUGAAGCAGCAGCUGGAGGAAACCCAGACGCCUUAACACUUUUAUUGGACUAUGGAGCCGAUGCUAAUGUGUCAAAUCAUUCAGGACACCUACCGAUUCACAGAGCUGCUUACCGAGGACAUUAUCAGGCUCUAGCACAGCUAAUCUCUGUUACUGACCAAGACACGAUUGAGGAAAGUGGGAUGAGUCCUCUUCAUUCAGCUGCAGCAGGGGGCCACCCUGACUGUCUCCAGUUGUUAAUCAAAGAGGGAUUUGAUGUCAAUUUCAUGCUGCAUCACAGAGUUCGAAAGGGCUAUGAUGAUGAAAGGAAAUCUGCCUUGUACUUUGCUGUAUCUAAUGGUGACACUCAGUCUGCACGUCUCCUUCUGGAGGCGAGAGCCCUACCAAAUCAAGACCCAGUCAAGUGUCUCCAAGUUGCACUAAGGAUGGGAAACUAUGAUUUGAUAAAUCUUCUUCUUCUUCAUGGAGCCAAUGUAAACUACUUCUGCCGUGUGAACACCACUCACUUUCCAUCGGCACUGCAGUAUGCACUGAAAGAUGAAGUAACAUUACGUAUGUUACUGAACUAUGGCUAUGAUGUUCACAAGUGUUUUGACUGUUGUUAUGGUGAUUUGCCUCAUUUUCCAGAUGGCUAUGAAGGCUGGACCCCUGCAGUUAUUAAAGAUACAAUGUUUUGUGAAGUAAUAUCUCUCAUCUGGUUGAAGCACCUCUCUGGGAAACUUGUGCGGAUUAUGUUGGACUAUACAGAUUAUGUGAAGCUCUGCUCUAAAUUGAAAGCUACCAUCACUGAGCAAAAGGAAUGGCCAGACAUACAGCACUUACUGUCAAAUACACGCUCACUGAAGCACCUUUGCAGGCUGAAGAUUCGAAAGUGCAUGGGACGGUUGCACCUGCGCUGUCCUGUCUUCAUGACAUUCCUUCAUCUGCCCAAGCGCCUGAAAGACUACAUAUUGUACAAGGAGUAUGACCUUUACGGCCAAGGAAGGCUGACCGCCUUGCACUAGUUGUUGCAGUUUUCUAUUCUAUAUAACAUGGUUUUGCUGAGAUAUCAUCAGCUGCAGUACUGAUUGCUAAUUUAUCACAAUGCCAGCACCAUUUAGGAUUUAAAGGGAGCCCUGUCUUUGGGCUACACAGAAUUAAUUGAAACUGUUUUAACAGAAUACAUUGAGCCUUUUCUCCAAUGGAAUAUGUGAUUUGACAAAUUAUUAAGAUAGGACAGUCCAUGUUUUACCCAACAAUGUUUUUAUUCAAAUAUGGAAAUAUAAUAUAUUAAUGAAGAAUAUUCCUGACUGAUGUACAGUAAAUGAGAUUUAUGAAGAGCUGCUAAUAUGUAAAUGGCAUGUAGACUGUUGCAAUAUUUAGGAAAAGAAUUCACAUUUUAUAUGUGCUGUUUAUUUCCUCCUUGAAAGCAAACAGAACCUGCUUGAAAUAAGAUUUUUAAUGUAAAAACCAUAAUGCUAAACCACUGUCUGAAUAUAUUGGUCCUUAUGACAGAAAGAUAAAAACCUAAGUGGGGGAUGUUAUCAUUGAUUUAUAUUUUGUAUGGUGGAAGAGGUGGAUAAAAUUGAUUGGUAAGAUGGUUUUAUAUUGAGGAUGAUAUAAAUAUAGUGAUUUGGGGGUAAAGUGUUGUGUACAGUCGAUGGGUGGGUAUUGGCGACUAAAUGUGAUACACACACACACACACACACACACACACACACACACACACACACACACACACACACACACACACACACACACAAACAGUGCCAGAAAAGGGAUGCAUGAUGAGGGGGUAUUACAUAAAAUCCUGCAAACUGGAAGACAGUUGGAUUCAAUGGUGUGAGGUUUCAGUCAACACGCUACAAAUUAAAGUAUAACAUCUGACAGAGAGAACUCCUGGCAAGAGAUGUAUUUGGUGCAAUUUAUUAAGUGACUUGUAUUGUGUAAAAUGGGGGACAGUAUUCAUUAAAAGAGGAAGUUUUGAAGGCAGCCUAGCAGGUGUGAGAUGGCUAAGUGCUAAGAGAAUAAAAUUUGACCAAUACACACAUUAAUAGGAGAAGUUUGCAACACUCAAGGUUUGCCUAUUUCCACUAAGGACAAUAACCUCAGAGUUGAAUAUAUGAUGUCAGGUGUGCAAGCACCUGACACAUGGGGGAGUGGGGGGACAGGCUGUACAUAAGAAAGCACAUGGCA